CCUUGUAUUAAAACAUAAUAAUAUAAAACAAAUAACAUGAAAACAACAGCUCUUGAAGAGCUUUCCUACUCCCUUCCUCAAGUCAGGUUUUGAUACCCCAAGUUUUCCAUAAACAGGUUGAUAACCCUAUAAAGUAAAGGUGAUAAAAAGAACCUGCAAUACCCAUUUCAUGAAAACAGAUAAAAAUAACAAGAAAAGAAAGAAAUCCUAGCCAUGUAAGUUUCCUGUUGAUUCUGUCGUAUUUGCUGUCAUGACCCCAUAAAUAAAAAAAGAGGAGAAAACCCACCAUUGUUCACAAAAAUGACAACCAAUUUUCAUUUUUCUUUUCAAAUCAUAGGACACAAAAAGCAUUAGAGAAGAAGGAUUUAUGUUGACAGGAAGAAGAUACUUGAGGGAAAUUUGAUUGGUACUCUCUCAAUAUUUGAUCUGCCUUCAAUAAUGGUGUCUCUUCAGUCAUGGCGCAAUUAAAGCUACUUUCUUCUUCUUCUCUGCCAACUUUCACAAGGGACUUCAACAUCCGUCAGUGUUACUUAAAAUCAGUAUAACACUAUACUGCUCUGUAUCUGCUAGAGUAUGAGUGUUAUUGGAGAUGGACUAUUCAGUUCAGUAUCUUUCUUUGUUUCCAGAUCCUGAUUCCUCAGCUAAUUUGUAUCACAGUUUCAAUGUUUAAGCUUGUGGAAGAAGACUUGGAAUUUCGAAGGAUAUGGCAGGGUCAUUUGCCACCAUCAUAGGAAGUGCUGCAGGAGGAGUUCUACUGGUUCUGAUAGUAGCUGGCUUACUAUGGUAUUGGUUACAUUACAGGAAGUUAUCGAAUAAGAACUCAGAGAGUUCUUCAGAUCCAUCUGCUCUAGUGGAAUGGAACAGAGGAGGAUCAGUUUCAGUGGGAGGUCCCGCACUAUAUGGACCACAGGGAGCAAGACAAUUCAAACUUGAAGAAUUGGAUCAAGCAACUAAGAAAUUCAGCGAAACCAAUUUUAUCGGAGUUGGAAGUUUUGGUUUGGUUUAUACGGGUUUGCUCCAUGAUGGAACUUUUGCUGUAGUCAAAAGACGAUCUGGUGCUCCUCGACAGGAAUUUGUGGAAGAGGUGUGCUACCUCUCGGACAUUCAACACCGUAACCUUGUUACUCUCCUCGGCUACUGUCAGGAAGAUGGUUCUCAAAUGUUAGUUUACGAAUACUUGCCAAACGAUAGUGUUUGUAGUCAUUUAUACGAUAAUAAUGGGCAAGAAUCAACGACAAAACUAGAGUUCAAGCAAAGGCUUUCAAUUGCUCUGGGAGCAGCUAAAGGUUUAUGUCAUUUGCACUCACUGAAACCGCCUUUAGUACACAAGAACUUCAGAACAGCAAAUGUCCUAGUCGACGAGAAUUUCAUUCCUAAAAUUGCAGAUGCGGGGAUUUUAAGACUACUGGAAAAAAUUGAAGAGGCUGGCCCUUCAUCAGGAACCGCUAAUGAGAAUGCUUUCCGAGAUCCAGAGAUUGAAGAAUCAAGACUCCUCUCUGAAUCGGGCGAUGUAUACAGCUUUGGAGUAUUUCUUUUAGAGCUUAUAAGUGGACAGGAAGUUUCAAAGAUUAGCUUCUCAGCACCUGGUGAAAGCUUGAUAAAAUGGGUUGAAUCCCGUCUGGGAUUGAAUAGCCUUGUGGACAAUCGGCUAACCAGCAACUUCACUUCGGAGGGAAUGAAAGAUCUGAUUAGGCUCACAAUAGGUUGCCUAAAUAAAAUUGGAAGAUGGCGACCGAAGAUGGAUAUGGUUGUGAGAGAGCUUGACCGGAUUCUCGAAAAGGAAAUGACACGGACAACAGUUAUGGGCACAGGUAUUACUACAGUAGUUACUCCUGGGAGCGAAUUGUUUACUUCAAAAUAAACAAUGAAGAAACUGAAGAAGCAAUCUUUAACGAAGGAAAUGAUAUUGGAAUGACUGCAAUCGAGGAAUGGUAAGGCUUCAUCAAUGAUGAAAAAGGUGGAAAAGAAUACAUUACUUCUAAAUUCUUGAGGCCAAAAUUCUGUUAUAUAUACUGUAAGGAAGCUUGCUUCAACUUACUCUAUUGGCAAGGAUGAAAAAACUGGUUCCCCUUAAGGCUGGGGUGUAUAAUACUAUUUGAUUACUACAAAUGAUGCAUAACAGAUGUUCUUAAUCCA